GCUUAAAGAAGCAGGAUGGUCCAUUAAAAAGAAAGCACGUAUGACAGCACCUCAGUACGGUCAUGAUAUCCAAAGUGAUAGGGACUUUCAAGAUCUUUUCGAUACAGCUACUGCACAUAAUAUUCGAAGAGAAAAGACUCAUCUAAUCAUAUCAGCACGUUAUAAUCUCCAAUCAAUAAGUAAAUUGGUCCAAUUCAAACAUAUAACAAAAUCAGAGUGCAUUAUGGAUCUAAGUGGUCGAACAUUAGUUCACUUAGAUCAACUUGAUGACUACAAUACCGUCAUACUUGCAACCAAUGCUGUAAAUAAUUAUUAUUUCCAUAUGUUGGAGCAUACUUCACAUCGAAGUGACGAAUUUUGGACCAAUUUUAUUGAAUAUUUCGGGGCUUAUAAUAGAAACAACUUGCUCCCUUUUACAAGCUCCAAUACUGCAAGUACGCAUAACAUUGAUUACCAUGAAUGCAUCAACAAAUUACUUCAGGGUUUCAAGGAAUUAUCAGACUCUGUCAACCGGUUCUUUCGAGAUUAUUAUAGAGAUUUAUAUGCGAAACUAAGCAGGUUGUCAUGGGGUCCAUUUGUGCCAAAGCCCUUUGGAGUUUUCUCAAUAAUAGCUAUCAAUUUUAAUACCACUAGUGACUAUUAUUGGGAUGAACAUAAUGAGGCAAAUAGACAAGUUAUAGCAUUUGUCUCACAUUUAUUACUCCAUGGCAAUUUUUCAGUCACUAAAGGGAUCCAGCAUAGUAUCGUUUAUUUCGUACAUGACAUAUUUUUCUACCAUUUACGGAAGUUUACUAAAGUUUAUAAAAAGGCUAGAAUUGAAAAAGGUAGUGGGCCAAUAGUUUCUGAGCAAGACCUUAAUAAUGCUCAAGGUUUAAACUAUUGUGAGCAACUUUCCAAACCAAAAGCAAAACAAAUACAGAUCCCUUCCACUGUAUCUGAUCGAAGACGAGGAUAUAUAG